AUGGCCAACAAAAUCCUCAUGGCCUUCGUGGUCGCCGACUUCAUCUUCCUCGUCACCGGAGCCCUUCUCCUCGGUUUCGCCCUCAUCAACCAGAACCUCAUCAAGGAGACCCCGACGGACGGAACCGAUGCCGUCAUGCGUCUGCUGACGGCCCAAUUCCCGUUGACAGCUGGCAUCGCCAACGCCGUCUUCAUCUUCGUCACUUUCAUCAGCACCAUCCCCGGUAUGAUUACGCCCACCCGCGGCUGGCUCAAGAUCUCGGGCUACUUGACCACCUUCUGCGGCCUCUUCAGUCUGAUCCUUGGUGUCUAUCUCUGGGUCCUCACCCUCACCACCAAGAACGAUUUCAGCAAGACGUGGAAUGCCCAGAACCCUGUCGUCCAGGAACUCAUGCAGACUGCUUUCAAGUGCUGCGGAUACUUCAACAGCACUUCACCCGCCUUCGUCACCGACGCCCAGUGCCCGAGUCCCGCCGCCGCCGCCCUGCAGCGCGGCUGCGCAGCCCCGAUCACGAGCUUCGCCAACAUCUUUGUCGACAACAUCUUCACCGCCGUCUUCGGCAUGGUCGGUGUCGACGCCCUCCUCAUCGUCUGCACGGCCAUGCUCCUUAAGGACCGCAAGGAGCGCGAACGCUACCGCCACAUUGACGAGAAGUCUGGCUACCGCGGCUUCUAA